AAUGUUCAAGCGAACAUUAGCGCCCUCUGCACAGACGCCAAAUAAACAACCGGUUCGCUGCCCGGCCCGCCAUAAUAUUCUUUUUGACCAUUGCGAUAACGUUUGCUGUAAACAAUUCUAAUUUACCUGUGUAGGUGUACAAAUUAAACUUAGCUGCAAUGUCUGAUGAUGGGUCAACGGCUGUUGAGAAGAAAGGACGCGGCAGACCGAAAUCGAAUGGAACACAAGCGGAAGCGAAAGGAGAUUCAAAGAAAAGAGGUAGACCACCAGCAGCUAACAAGGCCAAGGAAUCAACAAAAUCUUCUGACGAUGAGCAAGCGCCGAUAGCGAAACGAGGCAGAGGCAGACCCAAAGGCUCUAAGAAAAAGGCUGCACCAGCAAAGGCCAAGAGUGUUGAAGGGAGAGGCCGUGGUCGGCCGCGUAAGGACGCACCGCCCAAGAAGGAUGCUGCUUCCACUGAGGAGGAGCAAGACGAUGAUGAUGAAGACGAAGGCUCCGACCAGUAAAUUUAAUCUUGACACACAACACUCUCACUUAGUGUAAUUUGAUUGUCACGAUAACUCUUGUGCGCCUAUUUUAAGACAUACAUAAUGUUUUGUACAUGUUUCUAUUAUGAAUUAAUGACAAAAAUGCAUUUCUAAUGUUUUCAUGUGGGGUUAUCUUGACAGUACAAAGUAAAAUUAUUCUCAACUGAGACCAUUGUCUACCCAAUAUUUAGUCAUGUGAGAAGUUAAAAAUAUUGGUUUUGAAAAAUUCGGACACCCACUUAUAACGGAUUUUGAUUUUCAUUUAUAUACAGCAUAAUUUAUUGAUCUGACAUGAAUAAAAUUGGGUUGACUUAGCUCUCCCUAGAAACGUACAACUCUAUGGUAUAAUUUGUAAGAUCCUUUUUUGUAGAUUUAUUCUAUUCUUAUACUUAGGUAUUUACUUGUAUUCGUAAUCUCCUGAUUUAUGUAUGAAUAAUGAGAAAUCGAUGCAUACGAUUUUGUAGAUUUAUUAAGUAUUAUUUUCUAAAAUAAAUAUUUUCUUUUUUA